AUGUGCGUAUACUGCGGCGAAAUCAUUGGUUUACAAAUAACAGGUACACUUGCAGAUCGUUAUGGUUACAGAAUUGUCUUGAUCGGCGGCUUGAUUGCUUUGAUUGGUCUAAACUUUAUUUUAUAUUUUGCGAACAGUUUAGCAAUGAUUGCUGUAGGCCAAAUUUUAUGUGGUAUUCCAUGGGGGUCAUUUCAAACUCUUUGUGUCUCUUAUGGUAGUGAAGUUUGUCCAUUGGUUUUAAGAUAUUAUCUGACCACUUAUAUCAAUCUAUGCUGGCUUGUUGGUCAAUUGAUUGCUGCUGGUGUCUUGAAAGCAUGCCAGGAGCAUUUAGCAAACGACCAGUUAGGUUGGAGGCUUCCAUUUGCCUUGCAAUGGGUAUGGCCCAUUCCGUUGAUAAUUGGAAUUUAUCUAGCUCCUGAAUCACCAUGGUGGUUGGUGAGAAAAGGUAAAAUGGAACAAGCCAAGAGAUCUGUCACAAGAAUUUUGACUCUGCCAGCUACUGAAAAGGACAAUUUGUCUGAUUUGAUGAUUACAAAGAUGAAAAUGACCGUAGAAAAAGAAAAUAGAUUGGUCUCGCAGUCAAGUUCAUACAUGGAUUGUUUCAAGGGUGUUGACUUUAGAAGAACCAGGAUAGCAUGUUUAACCUGGGUUAUUCAAAAUUUGACUGGAUCUCCGUUAAUGGGUUACUCCACGUAUUUUUAUGAGAAAGCAGGAUUAGAUACCUCUUCUGCAUUUACAUUCUCUAUUAUUCAAUAUGUCAUCGGAAUUAUUGGUACUUUGACAUCAUGGUUCCUGUCGUCCAGAGCUGGUCGCUUCACGAUUCUCUUUUGGGGUGUAUUUUUCCAAAUGGUAGUCAUGCUCAUUACCGGUGGCCUUGGGUUCAGCAGUUCUCAAGGUGCAAGCUGGGGUGCAGGUUCUAUGUUGCUGAUCUACAACUUCUUCUACAACUCAACCUUAGGUCCCGUUGUUUAUUGUGUGGUAUCUGAAAUCCCAAGUGAUAGGUUAAGAACUAAGACUGUUGUACUAGCACGUAACGCGUACAACUUAAUUGCCAUUGUGAACUCCAUUUUGACUCCAUAUAUGCUCAACUCGUACCAAUGGAACUGGGGUGCAAAGACAGGGUUAUUCUGGGGUGGUUUUGCGGCUGUCUCUUUGACCUGGGCAUAUUUCGAUUUACCAGAAACUAAAGGCAGGACAUUUGCAGAGCUUGACGAGUUGUUUCACCAGAAAAUUCCAGCAAGAGAGUUUAACAACACACACGUUGAACCAUUUGCUCGUGAGACAAUAAUGAAAGACAUAGCCGCCAACAUAGAACUCAACCUGGAACCAAUCGAGGAAGAGGAUUUUGACUGCAAGAAAUAA